CGAGUUUAAAUUAAAAAGAGUCACUUUUACCCAAGCGUAAACAAUUGAUUAUGAGAAAACUGUUGAACUUAAAAUUAUUAAAAGUUUUAAAUCAAAGAUAUUUUUCUCUUUUUCCCAAAUCAAUUAGCAAUAAGUCUUUUCUGUCUAAGCAGACAGCUUUGUUAUCAUUAAGUAAUAUAGUAUAUGGUAAAAACGUAGAAUAUUAUCGAAGUAUUAUGGAUAUAAAAUCUGUAAUUAAAAUUAUUGAAAGUAAUUUACCCCCCGAAUUAGCUGAGAAAUGGGAUAAAACUGGAUUACUUAUCAAACCAGAUGAUAAUAUUGAGGUAUCUUCCAUAUUUUUUACAAUUGAUUUGACUGAAAAAGUUCUGGAUGAAGCCGUUAGCCAAAGGGCAAAUAUGAUUAUUGCUUACCAUCCUCCAAUUUUCAGUCCUUUACCGAAGCUUGUAUCAGACAAUUGGAAAGAUCGAAUUGUUAUGAAAUGCAUAAAAAAUUCUAUUGCUGUGUAUUCUCCUCACACAGUUUGUGACAUAGUUGAUGGUGGUGUUAAUGAUUGGCUUCUUAAGUGUUUUGAUGUGUGCGAUAUUUGUGCUGUUCAAACCAAGCAAGACUUUUCAGAUAGCAAAACCAUUUUUGAAUUUACUUUACCAAACAACAUAAAUAUAGACAACUUCAUGAAAAAUUUUCUUGGUUUUGAUUUAAUAUCAGUAUAUAAACACAAAGAAACACAGUUUGUGAGGCUAUCAUCCGACCUACCUCAUUGGCGUGCGUUUAAAAUGCUUUCAUGCCAAGAUGAAGUAGAAUUUAUUUCUGUUAAAUCUGCAUCAAGGAUUAAUUCAAUCAAGGGUGUUGGAAGAGUGGCUAAACUGAAGCAUUCAUUAAAAUUGAAGGAUUGCAUAGAUCUGGUGAAAAAUUAUUUGAAUCUAGCUCAUGUUAGAUUUUCGCUCGGUGUGAAACAUUCGUUAGAUACUGAAAUAGAAACUAUAGCUGUCUGUGCUGGAUCUGGUGCAAGUGUGUUGAAGGAUGUAACUGCAGAUCUUUAUUUUACUGGUGAAAUGUCUCACCACGAAGUGUUACAUGCUAUACAUAACAAUACCAGCAUAAUUUUAGUUGAACAUUCUAACAGUGAAAGAGGAUAUUUGAAAAAUUUAGCUGAUUUGCUACAGCCUCAGUUAAGAAAUAUAAAAUUAAAUAUUUCCUCAGUCGAUAGAGACCCAAUAUGUAUUGUAUGAUUGAUCGUCACAUUAAAAAUCAUUUAUUUAAUGCAAAUAUUUUGUUUGCAUUGGGGAAUAAUAAAACUAUUCUAAUUAA